AUGUUUGCUCUAAGACGUUGUCCCAAGCAUGGUCUUCCUGGUCUUUGUCGACUUUAUACUAUCAGUACUGCGCUACAUGACGCUGUCGAUCGUUUACCACAUAAAGAAGCAUUACGUAGUGUAAAACAGGACGUACAAUGGAGUUAUACCGAGUUACAAUCACGUGUUGACGAACUUGCCAAUGGAUUCCUGGAUCUCGGCUUUCAACCAAAGGAUACGCUUGCUCUGUGGCUACAGCCUCAUAGUAUCGAGAAUAUUGUGACACAAUUAGCAGCUGCACGUGCAGGUCUAACACUUGCUGUCAUGGAACCACAAAUUGCACGAGCUCAGGACGUGGCAUUGAUUCUACAAGACUCGCAUGCGAGUGGAAUCAUGUUUGAACCCAUUCAACAUGGACGGAAUCAGAUGGAGGUUAUUCAAGGAUUAUUCCCUGAAUUAGCUACCUUUCGAGAGGAGAUGAAGGUCUUUCGUCCAAAAGCUUUUCGUCAUUUACAUAGUGUAAUCACAACAAGUUGGGAACCAGUUGAAGGAAUGAUUAAUCUCAGUGGGAUGAUGGUAAAUAGUCCAGAACCCUACGCAAUGAAGACUGUGGCCAAGACUUUGGAUGAAAAGACGCCGUUUGCUGUUGUAUACUCAAAUGUGGAAGGUCAGAAUCCAAAGAAAAGUGCCGUACUUACCCAUGGUGACGUAUUGAAGCGUGCAGAGACACUUGCAAAGAGCUUGAAACUGACUGCGACGGACAAGAUUUUACUAACGGGUGAACAGACUGGUUUAUCUCUUGGCCCAUUUGCUGCCAUUAGCCAGAACGCGCAGAUCGUGUUGCCGUCGACGGAGUUUAGCGAGGACGCUCUACACGAGGCAAUUGAGGUGGAACAUUGCAGUGUUGUAGGCAGUGGACUUGACAACUUCAAGCGCGUGUAA